AACAAGAGCCGAGAGAGUGACAUCAAGAACUGAACUGAUCUUUGAGAAUAAAACGAUGUGGAUUUUGAUUCUCCUCAUCUGUUCCAUUCCCGGUGCUUUAUGGGCAGAGAAACACGUUACGGGAAUUUUGGGAAGAACGAUCACAAUAUCUUGUCAUUACGAAGCACGGAGGUACCAAUCACACAUGAAAUAUUGGUGUCAUGGAUGGACUCGUCUGUGUCAGGUUAUAGCAACGACAAAUUGGCCAAAUGGGAGAAUAUCAAUCACUGAUCACAAAACACAAGGAAUAUUUCUUGUCACAAUCACGAAUCUUCAAUGGAGAGAUGCAGGAUGGUACAGAUGUGGGAUCGAGACUCCUGGCCAUGACCUAAUGUUUAAUGUAAAGCUGCACAUUUCUGCUGAAGCUGUGUCUGUUCCUGGAUUUCAAUAUUUAUCCCAACCAACUGUCUCAUGUUCUGGGGGUUCAGUGACAGUCUCUUGUGAGUCUACCCAGGGAUCCCUCCCCAUUCACUACACAUGGUCUGAGAAGACCCCAUCUCAAGAUUCAAAGAUCUCUUACACCAAUAAACUGGAUCUACAUUGUCAAUCCUUCACACAGCAACAUCAUCAAUAUUACUGCACAGCCUCAAAUACUCAGGGAACAAAACCCAGUGAAAUUGUUCAUGUCUCAGUCAGCAAUGUAAGAGAGAAGAACUGCAGUUACAGGAUACAGACCAACAGCAUCAGUGAACAAUAUACUUGUGCUGUUUCUUCAACAACAUCACCAGGAACUGCACAUUCCCCAAAUUCAAGUGGAAGUUCCUCUGCCAGUCUAACCCGACUCUCCGGAAAUAAUUCCCAUGAAACUCUGGUUUACGUUGUGGUCGGUGUACUGGGGGCCAUUCUGGUUGUUUUUGGUGUUGCUCUACUUUUGUACCUGAGACAAAUCAACAAGGGUACACUCUGCAUCAUGUGUCAACAAAGAGAUAAGUCUCUUAAUAAUGACCAGGAAUUGGUGCCAGUGGAAGAGAACUUGGUAUAUGCAAACAUAAACCACAUUCAAAGGAACACAGCAGAAAGACAGAGAGAGAGAGGAAGCAACUUGAAUAAUGAUGAAAUCACCUACACAGCAUUGGAAUUUCAAAAGAAAUCAUCAUCACUGAGAGGUGGGCUGGCAAUGCACACAGGUGACAACUCAAACAGUGUCACCUACAGUGACCUCAACUUUCCAAACCAGCCGCCAAAGGGGAAUAAAAAAGCCCCAAUGCACAACAUCCCUCAAGAAUCUGGCAGGGACGUUUAUGCUGAUAUUGCUUUUUAGGAAAACCAUGAUGAGAUAUUUGUACUGUUCAUUUUUCCUUCUUACUUUACAAUGCAGUUGUAUUGAAUUUUGCCUGUUGUAAGCUGCCCACACAUUUACAUUGUCCAACUCCUUAGGAUUUGAUCCCAACAAUUCCAUGCUCUUUCCAGUUUGGUUUCCUCAGCAAAUGGAAUCAAUUUACCUUCAAUUCCCAAGUCCGGGUCAUUUGUAUAAAAUAACAAGACUAGAACUCCAAAUACCAAGGUGUUUGUCAACCCAAUCAGUCCCCAUCUCCCUGUUUCCCCUCUCUAACCUCUGAGUCACAGAUUCCAGGUUGGAGCCCCAUUCCCAGAGCUAAGUUCAAAAAUCAAACUUGACGUGCUAGCAUGGCACUAUGGGACCCUAAUGAUUGUGUGACACAGACCUUGCACAUUUUUAAAAAGAGAUGCAAAAGUUAAAGUUUUUGUUCCACUUUCAUCAGGACUAAGCCACAAGAAACCAAACUUCAAAAGGGAAUAUCAAUAUAAACAGCAUGAGAAGGGAGUGCAAAUUGUUUGGAUAAUGGUUGACAUGGAGAUGCAGCAGGAACUGUUAACCAGCAAGCUUAACUGAUUAAACUCAGACCAGCCAAGUAGGCUCUGAUUCGUUCAGGCUGCAAUGAUUAGCAAAGUGCAUGAUUCUCUCCUCAAUUAAAGAGGUGAGAUGUACGGACAUAUUCAUUUUCCUGGAAAGAACAGGGCCCUCAGUAGUAAUAUAUGUAAUUUCUAGCCUGCACAAAUGAAUCACACUGCAAGCCCAGUGGAUAAUCUGAAACUGGGGUUUCCGGUGUGUUUCUGUGCUCAGGUGGAAUUGUUCAAUAUUGUUCAACAGCAGCAUCAUGUCUAAUGUUGGAUAUGUCACCCUGGGAUUACAGUAUGGGCUCGUUAACAUGGUUGCCUCACUGCUGGCCUGCAGUGUUGUCUGAUUUGGGCAGAUGUACAGCCUACACACUUGGCAUCACAGUAACAUUAAAGCUGGUAUUCCACAGUGUUUCUGGAUUAUAACAAUUGGGAAAUGGGACUGGUUGGAUAUUGGGUUGAAGAGGGAUUUAACAUGUGAUUGCUGGAAAAAUGUCAAAGGUCAAGUCAAACUGCUUUUUUUGGCUGUGUACUGGAAAAGGAAAUAAUUUUGGGAAGUAGGCAAUCUAAAGCUUUUAAAAGAAAUUGUAUUUGUCUAAAUGUCUGAACAAAUUUGAAGAGAAAUCCUCAGCCUUAUCCUGUUGUCUGAAUUCAUCUCACCCACAAACCCUCUGCAGAGCUGUGGGCAAUGAUGUAAAGGUGCCAGUGUUGGACUGGGGUGGACAAAGUCAGAAGUCACACAAACCAGAUUAUAGUCAAACAGGUUUACUGAGAUCACAAGCUUUUGGAGCAAUGGUCCUUCAGGUGAAGUCACCUGAUGAAGGAGCAGCGUUCCGAAACCUCUGGGCACAAUCUUCUCUGUCCAGAGGUGGUAGGCAUGGGAGGUGGCAAGUGAGCUUUGUUCGCUUGUAUGGUGGGGCACCUCACCUAGCCACUUCUCCACCCUGGGUUGAAUUUGUAUCACAGCAGGAAAGUCCAAGCUCCAACAACACCAGCCCACCACCAAGUGAGACCCUUAAGUGCCCAUUCCGUCCCCAGGUAGGACACAAAGAGCGAACGGUGUGUGGGGUGUGGGAUGUGUGUCCAAUGAGAUGUAUCUUGUCGAAUAAGCAAAAUGUAUUUAUUGCAUUUAUUGCAACUCUUUAGAAUUUAGAAUAGACUUCACAUUUCUUUAAAGAAGGUCGUGAGGUCACCUAGCCUCAGUUGUUACUUCACUCCCUCACCAAGUCAUUAUGAUAUAUCAGUCAGUAAUGAUUCUUGCAUUCAAUUAAAUGUUAACCCUUUCAGACCCUUCCAUACCUAUAUACAACAUCUCCCACAGGUUUUGUUUUUGCAUCAGUAUUAUUAUUAUUAUGUAUUUAUUUGCAAUUACAUUUAGCACUACCCCAGCUCCCUCCAGAAUCUUUGACUUGACAAGUUCAGAUGCUGAGGAGGGUUUGUUUUGUUAUUCAUUCGUGGGAUGUGGGGUUGCUGGCUAGUCAGCAUUUAUUACCUGUCCCUAGCUGCCCUUGGGAUGAUGGUGGUGAGCUACCUACUUGAAUUACUGCAGUCCCUGUGCUAUAAAAGAGACCCACGAUGCCGACAGGAAGGGAAUGCCAGGAAUUUGACACAGCAACACUGAUUGAAUGGCGAUGAUGAGUGGCUUGGAGGGGAACUUGCAGGUGCUGGUGUUCACAUGUAUCUGCUGCCCUUGCCCUUGCAGAUGGAAGUGGUUGUGAGUUGAGAAGGUGCUGUCUGAAGAUCUUUGGCAAAUUUCCAGUGCAUCUUGUGGAUAGCAAAUACUGCUGUGACCGAGUGUUAGUGGUGGAGGGAUUGGAUGUAAGUGGGCCCUACGUCCUGGAUGGUGUCAAGUUUCUUGAGUGUUG